AUGCCACCGCCAAUCGGAACCACGGUGUUCCGCCCAAAAACCAUCUCCGUCUCAUUUCCUGCAGCAGCAACAACUAGUCGACCUUCGACAACAAAAAAGGCUCCAACGAAGAAGCGACGAGCGAAUGCCGCCUUUAUUGAUCUAACUGAGCCGAGUGCAGAAGCUACUAUCACCACUCCCUACUUGACACUCUGGAGGCAUCGAGUGCAAUUGGCCAUACCAAAAAAAGAUGCCUCGGAUAUCGCCGACCAGCUCGCUCCUGCGCUCCAAUCGGCGAGUGGUGGGACACUACCGGUAACCAUCACUUGUUUUCCCGACGCUGGUUGGCCUGCUUGGGGCCAUACCUUUCGCGUUCAGGGGACGGACGGCGCGCAUUUGUUGGCCGCCGACGUCCCCAUAGAGCAGGGCAUCCGUGACCUUAGCGAGAUACUCUCAAGGUUCCAGCGUGGGAGCAAAGUGAAGCAGAACUUUGCAAUCUCAUGGUCGUUGCUUCUCGGUGCGAUACCGAUAGCCGAUCAGACCCACAUCACCUUUGAGCUAGAGGUCAAGAGGAGAGAUAGCUGCAUAAUCGAUUGGAAGGCGGAGAAAUGGCUGUCGUUGUUUCUCUCUGUGACAGUCAGCAAUUCGGCCGUGCCGCCUUCUCUUGCCGAUGUCCGGGCCGCUAUCAAUGCAUCUUCCAAAACCAAGGGAGAUAUCAAGGCCAAGGACUUUUAUCACUCUGUUUAUGUCCCUCCAGCUGCAACUGUAGUUCCUGAGGCCAUCCAAGUGAGCGAGCUCACUACAACAAUGUUCCCGUUCCAGAUGCGAACGGUGAACUGGAUGAUGGAGCGUGAAGGGGUUACUGUGGAGUCGGGCUGUAUCGAGCCCCUUCCCAUAACCCCUUCCGUUCAGAAUCUCUGUUUCGAGGAGACCGUGGACCCCAACGGUACUCCUAUGUGGGUCAGCAUUCCGCUCGGGAUAACCACUACUGAUCGUGCAGGCAUUGAUCAGUUAGCUGCUGAAAGCAGUAUCAAGGGCGGUAUACUUGCAGAAGAGAUGGGUCUUGGCAAAACGGUCGAACUAAUUUCCCUCCUCGCCCUACACAAGCGCCAUAUCCCAAGCGGUGGGGAGACUGUCUGGGACUCCUUCAGUGGGGCUAAAAUUCGGACUUCCGCCUCAACGCUCAUCAUAUGUCCACCGAGCAUCAUGCAACAAUGGAUCAACGAGUUGGAACUUCAUGCACCAGGUCUUCGAGUUCUAAAGUAUGAUGGGACUCGUGAUCUCACUCAAUUAGUAUAUCAGAAGAAAAAUGGAGCCAAGAGCCGUAUCUCAAACAGCCGAUAUAGGGAUCUCACCACUGAAAUGCAGAGCAUCCCGAACUCUGACUUGAUAGAAUACCUUCUCGAGUACGACAUCGUACUUUCCAGUUAUAAUGUCCUCGCUAAUGAGAUACACUAUGCCGAAAAACCUCCAGACCGUUCUCUUCGCCAACCAAAGCGAUUUGAGCGCCGCUCCUGCCCCCUAGUAGAGAUACAAUGGUGGAGAGUUUGUCUAGACGAGGCACAGAUGAUUGAGAGUGGAGUUAGCAAUGCAGCACAAGUGGCCCGCUUGAUUCCUCGGGUUAACGCUUGGGCCAUUACCGGGACACCAGUGCAGAAGAGUAUUGAAGACCUAUACGGACUGUUGGUCUUCCUACGACAAGGCCCAUGGUGUGGGAACAAGAUCACCUGGGAGAAACUUUGUUUUAAGAAAGAGUGGUUUGGCGGGGUAUUCCACCAACUGGCACUACGGCAUACAAAAGAUAUCGUCCACGAGGAGAUUCAUCUCCCAAGACAGCAUAGGACGGCUAUAUCUCUUGGCUUCUCACAAAUCGAGGAGGAGAAUUAUCAGGCGUUAUUCCAGCGGGCGUGCCGAGAAAUAGAGGUUGAUCUAGAUGGGUCACCGCUUCAAGGAGACUGGAAUCCGGAGAGUGAAGAUACUAGGUCCAAGAUGCGUGAGUGGUUGGGACGCUUGAGACAGACUUGUGUACAUCCCCGAGUUGGAGCGCUCAAUCGUCGUGCGCUAGGAGCAAACACGGACGGCCUAAGGACAGUCAACGAAGUUCUCGAGGCCAUGAUGACCCAGAACAUAAAUUUAGUGAAGCAAGAUCAGCGAACGAUGUUUGUGCUUAUUGCCGCGCGAGCACAGCUCAUCGCCGAAGGGUGGGGUAGCCCUCAGGGAGCUGUCACUCUUUUGAUGGAAUUUUUAGAUCCUCUAGAAAUUGCAGUUAGCGAAUGUCGGACUGAACUCGAGGUUGAAAGCUUACGAUUGGAGUCUGAGAAAGAAGCUAGGAAAGAGAGAGAACGCGAAGCUGAAGAAUCGAUGGACAUCGCCGAUACUACUGAGGAUGAAAAUACGAAUCAGCAUGAAAGCAACGAAGAGGACCUACAAGAAUCUGAUGACGAAUAUGACGAAUCGUUUGAGGACGACGGCGGACCCGCACAUGAUUUAAACAAGUUAAAGAACCGCCUGAGAGACAUCAUCGAGGUCCAGCAUACAUUUCACUUUUACUUAGGACAAGCACAUUAUAACCUGAAAGAUUGUAUCCCUGAAGAUGACGAAGAACGUCACGAAGAAAGAAUGGGGUAUGAAAAGCUUGAAGAUAAGCACUACGAUAUCGCGAAAGCCCUUCGAAAGGAACUUAUGUCUGAGCCCGAGAAUCAAGUCAACAAGUUCAUCUCAGUAAUAGCUAAGAGGACGGAGAACCAAGACUUUGUCGCCAUCCCCGAGAUUAUCAUUAAAGAACAAAGGGGUGGUAUUGAAUCGACCACUCUCAUGGAUGAUAUCCUAGCUUUGGCCGAAAAAUUGAACUCUCAAGCCGAUCUUCUCGACAAGUGGCGUGAGGAACUCAUCCAACUCUUGCAACUCCCCUUGACCGACCAAGAAGAUACAAAGGACCUCGAAGGUGACGAAUUCCAGGAGUCUACCGAACAACAGGAUACCGGUUUCCUUUAUGUUGCAUUCCUCCGCGCUGUUAUUGCUGAUCGACGACAAGCUUUAACCGGCAUCACUAUCAGUCACUAUAACAAUGAUAUUGAAUCCGCUGAAGCACGCCUCGAAUCUAAAGACGAGAAACAUCAAGAGCUAUUCUAUAGCCUAAAAGACCAACGUGACGAAGCAAAACCUCUCAACGUCGAAAUCGAAGUCGGGUCCGAUGCCGUCCCAUUUUCUAUCCGCGGUCUUCUCGCAAAACUACGACGUCUUGCAAACCCUUUGCAUGAUAGUUCUACAACCGUAACCGCUCGUGCCAAAGCCGAAGCAGGCCUUGUCAACCAAGCAGUCAAGGUCAUCGCCCCACUAUUUUCUAAACAAGAAGAAACCCUUAAAGCCCUUGAAAAAGAAAUCGAUUUCCUAAACAAAGUAUUCAACACCCGUCUAGAAUUCUACCGCCAACUUCAAAUGGUCUCAGACACAGUCAUUAGCUUCGAUGAGGCCAAAGCCCUAAAGGCCAACCACGUCCGCAACCUAACCCUACUUCACGAUAAAUACGAAAAGGAAGUCAAUGAUCUUUCGAAUAGUGUUGCAAAAGCCAAAUCCAAGGGAAAGUUCCUACAACAUCUUGCUGAAAAUCAAGGGGAUAAUCAACGACAAUGUAUCAUCUGUCAAGAUGACGUCAAGAUAGGCGUGUUAACAAUCUGCGGUCAUCAGUUUUGCAAGGAAUGUAUGGACGCGUGGUAUAAACACCAUCCAUCAUGUCCGAUGUGUAAACGUUCCCUCAAGAAGGUAGACCUUCAUCCCGUUACAUACAUGAUGCAGGAUAUCGUGGUUGAAAAAGAGAACCGAACACUACCUGAGGCAACUAACCAAGGCGAAGCCUCCAACGAAACCGGAGAUAAGGGUAUUGAGAUCUACACUGGCAUUGAAUCCGAUACCUUUAAACAAAUCAAGAAGAUUCCCCUUCGCGAAAACUUCGGCAGCAAAAUCGACAUGAUAAUCCGCCACCUCCUCUGGAUUCGUCGUACCGGCGGUGGGAAGAGCGUAUUGUUCUCCCAAUGGAAGGAAGUUCUAGACGUUCUAUCACGAGCUAUGGAAGCCAACGGGAUAGGAUAUUCAAGUCUUGAAUCGAAACUUGGACUUAAUAAGUUCAAAACUGACGAUAAGACCGAAGUUUUCUUGCUACAUGCUAAAAGUCAGAGCGCCGGUUUGACAUUAGUGACGGCUAGUAACGUUUUCUUGGUGGAGCCGUUGGUUAAUAUCGGAAUCGAGGUUCAGGCUAUUGCGAGAGUUCACAGGAUUGGACAAAAGAGAGAGACGAAUGUCUUUCUCUAUGUUAUUGGAAAUACGGUCGAGGAGGGAGUUUGGAGACUUAGUACGAAGCGUCGAGUUGAGAUGUUGGAGGAGAAAGGAAGCCCCCAAAAGAAGAGGAGAAGGUUACAAGAUCAGGAACAACCUGAUAGAAAGGGGAAAAGGAGGGCGAGGGAUGUGGAGAUUGAAACACGCCGUCAAGAGGAGGAUUUGGAAGUUCAGCUUGAAAUCACGAAUUCUUUACAGUUGCAGGAAGGGACAGUAGGUAGCAUGGUCGAGAAAGGACAAAAUGGUGGGGAGAUCGUCAAUUCAGAUCAUUUGUGGGGAUGUUUGUUUGGAGUUCAGAGGAAGGAUAGGACGGUUGAGAUUGAAGGGGUUAGGAGAGAACAGGUUGUUGCUGCUCGAGAAGAAGGAAGGGGUAAUGUGGUUGAUGAUAGUGGUGUUUUUGAUGGGGCUGGGAACAGACCUGCCAUCCUGAACCUCCAAGGAAGCGAUAGAAUCGGGAAUCAUGCGGAGGGAUCUAGCAUGGCUGGUGGCAAGAGCUAG